CGGGACUUCUCCCACAAACCUCGUAGAGUAUGACGACCCUUAUAGAGAGGAAGUUCGCGCACAUCGUUCUAACGGCGGGGAAGCGGGCGAGCAUAAUGGACAGAGUCAAAGAUCGCAUCAAGAUGAUGCGGCAGCCCGUCCACGCAUUGGCAUUUCUUCUGGACCCAUACAAGAGAGAGUCGAGGUGGCUGCACGAUCAAGACAGCGCGCUUGUGCAGAAUGCGAUGCGUUUCCUUUCGAGGCAGAUCGGAGGUGCUUGGAAAGGGCCGGAGCACGUCGAGAUUUGGGGUGACCUGGCCGAGUUCCACUCCAAGCCCACAAGGAACGGCCCAAAGAGGAAGGACACAAAGAUGUGGGACCCCACAGCGMAGGCAGAUGUUGAGAGGAAGACACCGUCAGAGUGGUGGGCAGCACAUGGUGGCGAUGUGCCCGAAUUGCAGAAGAUUGCGAUCAAGGUUAUGGGCAUGUGGAGCACUGCAUCACCGGCGGAGAGGAAUUGGGCUUCCAUGGACUUCGUCCACUCCAAACGAAGGAACAGCUUGGCGCCGGAGAGCUUGGAGAAGCUCGUCUACAUCCACUGGAACAUGCAGCUGUUGCGUCUUCCGGAGACUAAGGACGGGGGCUAUGUGGAUUUGUGGAGUAUAUUCGUCGAGCCCAUCCCGGAGCCUGCAGAGGACGACGGAUCAUUGUUGAAGGGGCCCGAGGACGAGGCCGAGAAGACAGAGGAGGAGCUUGUUCGGGAAAGGAGGCUCGUGAAGACUCCAAAGGGAAAGAUUCCCAAGAAUCUCGAGGACGUUGAGGAAGAGCACACGGACGACAGUGAUUUGGACGACGAGCUGUGGAAGGGGAAGUGUGGAGCGUCAGACGAUUCAAGUGCCAGCGAAGAGGAGGCUGAUGUUGAUUCCGAUUUUGAGCUGCAACCGGAGCCUGCAGUCCCGGGCACAAUGUAUGUAGGCAGGAGGCGAACUGGACGACAGCGUAGAGAGGAGCCACGCCCAACAGCAACACCGGCCACAGCAGGGGGAACAGGACAGUACGAUCCGCAGCUCGACGUCAACUUUGCACAGCCAGAUACGGACCUCGAGAUGUUGCUGCAAACCGGGGUUGACGAAGAUGAAGAGGAUGCCAACCGUGCCAAGGCUAUGGCUGACAGGGACAGCGACCUAGUCCGAAAACGGAUGAUGGAGGAGGAGGCCCGCCGUGCASCUGUCCCAACCSGCAGAGAGAUUGAGAGAGGCCAGAAAAACGCCUUGGAGCAUCAACAGCAUAUGGAUCGGGCUUUGGGGGUCGUGGAAGAGGUAGAAGAGGAAGAAGAGGAGGAGCAGCGGCAACCAGAGGAGGGAGAGGAGAUGGAGCGGCAAGAAUAGGGGGACGACGUGAUGCAACGAGAGGAGGGAGAGGACAUGGAGCAGCAAGAAGAGGGCGAAGACGUGAUGCAACAAGAGGAGGGAGAGGACAUGGAGCAGCAAGAAGAGGGCAAAGACGUGGUGCAACCGCAUGAGGAAGAGGAGACGGAGCAGUAAGAAGCGGGUGAAGACGUGGUGCAACCGCAUGAGGAAGAGGAGAUGGAGUAGCAAGAAGAGGGGGAGGGCAUGGUGCAGCAGGAGGUGCAGCAUGACGUGCUUGGAAAGGCCCUCGAAGACAAGCCCCAGUCCACAGCAACAGCUGUGUACACACGCAGGCCACGACCAGCGGACUCUCCGGAGUCCGCGGAUAAGAUGCCGAAAUUCCCUGAGAUAAACGAGGCUGUCCAAC